ACUCCGACUUGAUGUAUGAAAAUUUCGUCUGCUUCAACACGUUUUUGAAAACUUUGCCCAACAUUUUAAAACAGCAGUAUAAAUUAUAAACAUGUCAGGCAAUGAGCUUUUAUCCGAUCAAGGUUUAAGGAUUGAUGGCCGAAAACCCAACGAAUUGCGCAGGAUUCGCUGCUCACUUGGCAUUUUCUCUCAAGCUGAUGGUUCGGCUUAUUUGGAACAAGGAAAUACUAAAGUUCUAGCCGCAGUUUACGGACCUCAUGAAAUUCGGGGUUCAAAAUCAAAAGCGUUGCAUGACAAGGCAUUUGUCAACUGUCAGUACAGCACAGCAACUUUUAGUAUGGGAGAGAGAAAGCGCAGACCCAGGGGUGAUCGUAAAAGCACUGAAAUGUCAACACACUUGGAAGAGACCUUUGCUGCCGCUAUAAGGACUGAACUGUAUCCUAGAUCUCAAAUUGACAUAUUUGUAGAGGUCUUGCAAGCCGAUGGGGGAAAUUAUACAGCGUGCGUCAACGCAGCAAUGAUGGCCCUGGUCGAUGCCGGCGUUCCUCUGAAAGACACUGUUGUCUCUUGCACUGCCUCUCUGGUUAAGGACGUCCCUCUUGUAGAUGUAAAUCAUGUCGAACAAAGUGGAGGUAGCCCGGAAUUGGUCGUUUCCAUUCUGCCGCAUUCGGGAGAGAUAGUUUACAUGUCGCUAACUCAACGAUUCCAUAUCGAUCACCUCAGCAAAGUUUUGGAUACUGCUAUCAAAGGAUGUAAGGAUAUUGGUGCCAUUUUGAAUGAAAUUAUGAAAGGGCAUCUAACGAAAUUAGACACUUCGUUACAAGCAUCUUGAGAACCAAAAAAUAAAAAUAAAUGAAUGGAAUUUGAAUCAC